AUGGGUAAAAGAACCAAGAAGGUCGGAAUUGUUGGUAAAUUUGGCACUAGAUAUGGUGCUUCUUUACGUAAGCAAGUAAAGAAGACUGAAAUCUUACAACGUGAGACAUAUGUUUGCCCGUUUUGUGGAAAGACUUCGACAAAAAGAACAGCUUGUGGAAUUUGGGAGUGUAAAGGUUGCAAGAAGGUCUUAGCAGGAGGUGCAUGGCAACUAAGCACUGCAGCAGCAGUCACAGCCAGAUCCACAAUUGCACGUUUAAGGAAACAAAGAGAAGAAGCAGAAUAA